GCUCGCACUCUUGAAUGUAGCCUACCCACCAGGGCACAACCAUUUCCAUCCACCUACUUCCAAAACUAACACCCUUUUCUCUCUCUCUCCUCAUUAUUUACUCUCUCUACCCUUUGCUUGGCAGCAUUAACACUCCAACCUUCUUAUUGACGGAUCGAUCUACAUUGGUUUUGGAGCAUACAACGUUUCCACCCAGGUUGCAUCGGAGAUUUCAAGAAAAGCAAAAUGGGUGGCGAUGGAAAGGUCUUCACUUUGGCUCAGGUCUCCGACCACAACACCCCGAAAGACUGCUGGCUAAUCAUCAAUGGCAAGGUUUAUGAUGUGACCAAGUUCUUGGAUGACCAUCCUGGUGGUGAUGAUGUUUUGUUGUCAGCAACAGGGAAGGAUGCAACUGAUGAUUUCGAAGACGUGGGUCACAGUGAUAAUGCCAGAGACAUGUUGAAGGACUUCUAUGUGGGAGAGAUCGAUGCCUCUACUAUCCCCAAGAAGACCACAUACACUCCUCCCAAGCAGCCUCAAUACAAUCAAGACAAGACUUCAGAGUUCAUCAUCAAACUUCUCCAGUUCCUUGUUCCCAUUGCCAUAUUGGGUUUGGCUUUUGGUAUCCGCCUUUACGCCAAGUCCUCUUAAGACUCUAGUCCUCUAGAUUAUGUUAUUGUGUCAGUUAAUUAAAAUUAUUAGACAAAUGCUGUUGUGAUGACUCACAUAUUUACUACUUGAUUAGGUUUGCAAUCCAAGACUUGCUUUGUUGUCUCUC